CAGGACUUGAACCGUGGUCAGCCGCGUGCGAGUCCAGCACCUUAACCACCGUCCUGACGGAAUUUUUAUAUUGGAAAAACCUACUUUGGGGUCGUCCUCUUCUUUUGUCCUCGCCUGUGCUUGGUGCAGCCGGGAGGGCUGAGGUGGGACCACGCAGAGACCCUGCAGGGAAGCCGCAGAGGUCAGCCUCUGGCCAGUUGGCUGCCUGGCAGCGAGCAGUCCUUCAGGGCCGAGUGCUUCCUCUGGGAGUGGCAGUGCCUUUGGGUCCUUGCAUGGAGAAGGGGCAGGAGGGACAUAUGAGGACAGGAGAGCAGGCAGGAGCAGGUGCCCAAGACUACGGGGCUGUGGCAGGCCCGCCUCUGGGCGCCCACAUGACUGCUCGCAGGGCCGAGGGAGCAGUCACCUGGCACCUAUCUGCACCCGAGGCUGGCCGAUCUCCCUGCCAUCCAGUCUAGGGACGUCCCUUCGCCUAGGGUCCCCAGGCCAUCAGGCAAGGUUCCUCUGGCCCGGAGCAGUCCUGACCUGGGCGAUAGUCACCAUGGCGAGGUCGUCCCUAAUGCUUGGCCUCCUCCCCAGGGAGCCAGUGGACGAGGUGCUGCAGAUCCCCCCAUCCCUGCUGACAUGUGGCGGCUGCCAGCAGAGCAUCGGGGACCGCUACUUCCUGAAGGCCAUCGACCAGUACUGGCACGAGGACUGCCUCAGCUGCGACCUCUGCGGCUGCCGGCUGGGCGAGGGGGGCCGGCGUCUCUACUACAAGUUGGGCCGGAAGCUCUGCCGGAGGGACUACCUCAGGCUGACGACAGGCCCUCCCCCGAGGGAGUGGCGAAGACGGAGGGCCGUGGGGCUCCGGGCUGGCUGUGCAGGUCUCCGAAGGCUGCCCUGGUCCAUUUCCCUAGUGCUUUAUCUUCAAGUAUUCUCCAGCUGCCGAACCAGGCGAUGGAAAAGUGAGAAGGAUCCCCAACACCGCGAGUCCAAGAGUGAGGCGGUCUCUGCUCCGUGUCACGCUCUGGUCGUGAGAAUUGUCUGGCACUCCGCGAGUGCCUCUGCCUGGAAUGGGCUGGCAUUUCCAUGUGAGUUCCAUGUGAGCUGCCUGGAGGUCACUGCCUGCUGCUGUCGGAGCUGCUGGGCUGUGUCGGCAGAGGGCCUGUGGGGUGUGGUGGCCUCAUGCCUCAGGGCCACCUGGCCCAUGGGCUUGUUCAGACCCCAUGGCCCUGGGCCACCAGGCUGGCUCUUCCUUCCACACCAGCUUCGGAGCAUGCCACAGUGAAGAAAAAGCAAAAACAAACAAACAAACAAAAAAACCUGCGAACAUUUCCCAGGAAGAGGCAGCUUAUCUGUUUACCCCAAGACUGACUGAAUAAGCUUUUUCCCCUCUAAAUUCCCCCAUAAAGUCCUUGCAAAUUUGGUG